AUGGGGGCCGCCGCCGCCCGGAGCGCCCACCUGGGGCCCGUGCGCCCUGGCCGCCCGCUGCGCUCCCUGCUCGCGCUGCAGCUGCUGCUGCUCGCCUGGGCCGCCGGGGCCGCGCGCGCUCAGGGCGCCGACUUCCCCGAGCUGUGCAGUUACACGUGGGAAGCUGUUGAUACCAAAAAUAACAUACUUUAUAAGAUCAACGUCUGCGGAAAUGUGAACAUUGCCCAGUGCGGCUCCUCCAGUGCCAUUUGUAUGUACAACUGGAAGACAAAGACCUACCGCUCUGUGGGUGACCCCACCAUGAAAAGCGCCACCAGAUCGCUUAUGGAAUUCAACACCACGUUUAGCUGCGGCAUCCCGAACCCCAAUCUGAGGCUGCAGAGCAGCAUUGCCUUUCUGUGCGGGAAAACUCUGGGAACCCCUGAGUUUGUCAUGACCGCAGGCUGCGUCCAUUACUUUGAGUGGAGGACUUCGGCUGCCUGCAAGAAGGAUAUUUUUAAAGCUAACAAAGAGGUGCCAUGUUACGCUUUCGACGGCGAGUAUAAGAAGCACGACUUGAACCCCCUGAUUAAGAUGAGUGGUGGUUACCUGGUGGACGACUCGGACCCCGACACCUCCCUGGUCAUCAAUGUGUGCAGAGAUAUCGAUGCCCUGCGGGACCCCAGCCCUCAGCUGCGCGCCUGCCCCAUGGGCACUGCUGCCUGCCUGCUGCGUGGGGACCAGGCGUUCGACGUGGGCCAGCCCAAGGACGGCCUGAGGUUCUGGGGCAAGGACAGGCUUAUCCUGACCUACGUGAAAGAAGGGGCCGGGAAACCAGACUUCUGCAAUGGCCGCAGCCCUGCGGUGACCAUCACUUUCCUGUGUCCCUCGGAGAGGAGAGAGGGCACCACCCCGAGGCUGACGGCGAAAUCCAACUGCCGCUACGAGGUGGAGUGGCUGACCGAGUACGCCUGCCCGCGGGACUACCUGCAGAGCGACGGCUGCUCCCUCAACAGCGACCAGCACGACAUCAGCGUGGACCUGCGGCCCCUCAGCCAGCAAGGGGCGGUCCCCGUCCCGUUCUACUCGGCCCCGGGCGGCAGGGAGUACACCUUCUUCCUGAGUGUCUGCGGGGACACCAGCGUGGGGGUCUGUGGCAAGAAGGAUGCCGCCGUCUGCCAGAUGAAAAAUGCUGACCGCAAGCAGACCAAGAUCGCUGGGAGAUUCCAGAACCAGACGCUCCGCUACUCGGACGGGGACCUCACCCUGAUCUACCGCGGGGGCGACGAGUGCAGCUCCGGCUUCCAGCGCAUGAGCGUCAUCAACCUGGAGUGCAACAAGACUGCGGGCAGCAACGGGCGCGGCGCCCCCGUGUACACGGGCGAGGUGGACUGCACCUACUUCUUCACCUGGGAGACCAAGUACGCCUGCGUCAAGGAGAAGGAGGAGCUGCCCUGUAGCGUCAGCGAUGGCAAGAAGCAGCGCUUCGACCUGUCCGCCUUGGUCCGGCAUGCAGACCCCGAGCAGAACUGGGAGGCCGUGGACGGCAGCCAGGGGGAGUCCGAGAAGAAGCAUUACUUCGUGAACAUCUGCCACCGGGUGCUGCUGCGGGGCAAGGCCAGGGGCUGUCCUGGCGAGGCGGCCGCGUGUGCUGUGGAUAAAACUGGAAGUAAAAACCUGGGCCGGUUCCUGUCUUCUCCCAUAAAGGAGAAGAGGAACAUCGUCCUCUCGUACUCGGAUGGGGACAGCUGCGGGCAGGGCAGGACCAUCAGCUCCAACAUCACCCUCGUGUGCAAGCCAGGAGAGCUGGAGAGCGCCCCCGUGCUGCGUUCCGUCGAGGAGGACGGCUGCUUCUACGAGUUCGAGUGGCACACGGCCGCGGCCUGCGUGCUGUCCCGCACCCAGGGGGACAACUGCACCGUCUUCGACCCUGAGGCAGGUUUCUCUUUCGACUUGUCGUCCCUCAAGAAGAAGAACGGCAGCUACAAAGUGGAGACGCCCAAGUACGACUUCUACAUCAAUGUGUGCGGGCCGGUGACCGCCGGGGCCUGCCAGGCCGGCUGGGGCGCCUGCCAGGUCGCAAAGAGCGAGAAGAAGGUGUGGAACCUGGGCAUGAGCAACUCCAAGCUCUCCUACUACGACGGCAUGAUCCAGCUCAGCUACAAGAACGGCACGCCCUACAGCGACGGCCGCGCCGCGCCGCGCAGCACGCUCAUCACCUUCCUGUGCGACCGGGACGUGGGCGUGGGCGUCCCCGAGUACCAGGACGAGGACGACUCUGCCUACAACUUCCGCUGGUACACCAGCUACGCCUGCCCCGAGGAGCCCAUGGAGUGCGUGGUGACCGACCCGGCCACGCUGGAGCAGUACGACCUGUCCAGCCUGGCCAAGUCGGAGGGCGGCGCCUCCGGAAACUGGUUUGCCAUGGACAGCGCGGGCUCGCACAGCUCCUGGAGGAAGUACUACCUCAACAUGUGCAGGCCCCUCAACCCCGUGCCCGGCUGCGACCGCUACGCUGCCGUGUGCCAGAUGAAAUACGUCAUUGAGCAGGGCACGUACACGGAGGUGGCGUCCAUCAGUAACCUGGGCUCGGCCACGGAGGGCCCGGUGGUGGAGGAGAGCGGCAGCCUCCUGCUGGAGUACGUCAACGGCUCGGCCUGCAUCACCAGUGACGGGACACUCACCACCUACACCACCCGCAUCCACCUCGUCUGCUCCCGCGGCGGCCCGGUCACUCACCCCAUCUUCUCCCUCAACUGGGAGUGCGUGGUCAGCUUCCUGUGGCACACGGAGGCCGCCUGCCCCAUCCAGGUCACCACGGACAUCGACCAGGCCUGCUCCAUCAGGGACCCCAGCAGCGGGUAUGUGUUUGACCUGAACCCCCUCAACAGCACCCAGGGAUACGUGGUCUCGGGCAUCGGGAAGAUGUUUCUGCUCAACGUGUGCGGCACCAUGGCCGUGUGCGGCUCCUUCGACGGCAAGCCCGCCUCGGGCUGCGAGGCCGAGACGCCCACGGACGACCUGGCGAGCCUGAAGCCCGUGCGGCCCGUGGGGCAGGAGAAGAGCCUGCAGCUGUCCCCCGAGGGCUUCCUGUCCCUCACCUACACGGGGCCCCCGCACCCCGGCCAAGGGACCGCCGACACUUUCGUCAUCCGCUUCGUGUGCAACGCCGACGUCUACCCGGGCAGCCCCAAGUUCCUGCACCAGGACAUCGACUCCCACCUGGAGAUGCGCAACACCUACUUCGAGUUCGAGACAGCGCUGGCCUGCGUCCCGUCCCCGGUGGACUGUCAGGUCACAGACUCCGCAGGGAAUGAGUAUGACCUCAGCGGCCUGAGCAGAGUGAGGAAGCCCUGGACGGCCGUGGACACCUCGGACGGCGCAGGAAGGCGGACAUUCUACCUCAGCGUGUGCAACCCGCUGCCCUACAUCCCCGGCUGCCACGGCAGCGCCGUGGGCUCGUGCCUGGUGUCGGACGAGAGCAGCUGGAACCUUGGCGUGGUGCAGGUCAGCCCGCAGGUCACGGCCAACGGCUCCCUGAGCAUCGUCUACAUCAACGGGGACAAGUGCGGCAACCAGCGCUUCUCCACCCGGCUGACGCUCGAGUGCUCGCAGAUCUCGGGCUCACCCACGUUCCAGAUGCGGGACGGGUGCGAGUACGUCUUCGUCUGGAGAACGGUGGAGGCCUGCCCCGUGGUCAGGGCGGAAGGUGACAACUGCGAGGUGCGAGACCCCCGGCACGGGAACCUGUACAGCCUGCGCCCGCUGUCCUUCAACGACACCAUGGUGCGCGCCGGCGAGUACAACUACUACUUCCGCGUGUGCGGGCAGCUGAGCCCCGGCCUGUGCCCUGUGGACGGCUCCGACGCGGACAGGGACACGUCCAAGGCCAUCGCCUCGUGCCAGGAGAAGCCGGGCCCACUGGGCUUCCACAAAGUGGCAGGCCUCAUCUCGCAGAAGCUGACCUACGAGAACGGGCUGUUGAAGAUGAACCUGACCGGGGGCGAGUCGUGCCACAAGGUGUACCGGCGCUCCACGGCCAUCUACUUCCACUGUGACCGCACCACCCAGCGGCCCAUGUUCCUCAGGGAGACGACCGACUGCUCCUACCUGUUCGAGUGGCGCACGCAGUACGCCUGCCCGCCCUUUGACCUCACCCAGUGCUCCUUCAAGGACAAGGAGGGCAGCACCUUCGACCUCUCGUCCCUGUCCAAGUACAGCGACAACUGGGAGGCCGUGACGGGGACAGGCUCCACCGAGCACUACCUCAUCAACGUCUGCAAGUCCCUGUCUCCACAGGCUGGCUCUGAGCCCUGCCCACCUGAAGCCGCUGCCUGCCUCAUCAGUGACUCUCGGCCCGUGAACCUGGGCCGGGUGCGUGACGGGCCUCAGUGGGACAAUGGUGCCACUGUCAUCAAGUACGUGGACGGCGACCUGUGUCCAGACAAGAUUCGGAAGAAAUCCACCACCAUCCGUUUCACCUGCACCAACGGCCCCGUGAGCUCCAGGCCUCUGUUCAUCAGCGCCGUGGAGGACUGCGAGUACACCUUCUCCUGGCCCACGCCCGUGGCCUGCCCCGUUAGGAGCAACGUGCACGACAACUGCCAGGUCUCCAACCCCAUCACAGGACACCUGUUUGACCUGACCUCCCUCAGCGGGAAGGUGGGCCACACGGCUGCCUACAGCGAGAAGGGGCUCGUGUAUCUCAGCAUCUGCGGGGAGAACGAGAACUGCGCCCCCGGCGUGGGCGCCUGCUUUGGCCAGACUCGGAUCAGCGUGGGCAGGGCCAACCAGCGGCUGACCUACUCGGACCAGGUGCUCCAGCUGACGUACGAGGGCGGCUCCCCGUGCCCGUCCAAGACGGGCCAGACCUACAAGAGCAUCAUCAGCUUCGUGUGCCGGCCCGAGUCGGGGCCCACCAACCGGCCCAUGCUCAUCUCGCUGGACAAGCAGACGUGCACGCUCUUCUUCUCCUGGCACACACCCCUGGCCUGCGAGCAGGUGACCGAGUGCUUCGUGCGGAACGGCAGCUCCAUCAUCGACCUGACCCCCCUCAUCCACCGCACCGGGGGCUACGAGGCAUACGACGAGAGCGAGGACGAGGAUCGCUCCGAGGGGGACCCCGACUUCUACAUCAACAUCUGCCAGCCGCUCAACCCCAUGCACCGCGUGGCAUGUCCCGCCGGCUCCGCCAUCUGCAAAGUGCCCGUGGACGGCGACCCCAUCGAUAUUGGCCGCGUCACUGGCCCCCCAAUCCUCAACCCCAUCGCCAACGAGGUCUACCUGAACUUCGAGAGCAGCACGCCCUGUGCCGCGGACCCCAACUCCAACUACACCUCCCUCAUCGCCUUCCACUGCAAGCGGGGCGUGAGCAUGGGCACCCCAAAGCUGCUGAGGAACAGCGACUGCGACUUCGUGUUCCAGUGGGACACGCCACUGGUGUGCCCUGACGAGGUGAGGACAGACGGCUGCGCCCUGACGGACGAGCAGCUCUUCUACAGCUUCAACCUGAGCAGCCUGUCCAAGAACAUCUUCAAGGUGACGCGGGACUCGCGCACGUACAGCGUGGGGGUGUGCACGGCGGCGGCCGGCCCCGAGCAGGGGGGCUGCAAGGACGGCGGGGUCUGCCUGCUCUCGGGGAACAAGGGCGUGUCCUUCGGGCGCCUGGCGUCCAUGCGGCUGGACUACCGGCACCAGGACGAGGCGGUCAUCCUCAGCUACGUCAACGGGGACACCUGCCCUCCAGAGACGGAAGACGGGGAGCCAUGCGUGUUCCCCUUCAUCUUCAACGGGAAGAGCUACGACCAGUGCGUGGUGGAGGGCCGGGCCAAGCUGUGGUGCGCCACCACCGCCAACUACGACCGCGACCACGAGUGGGGCUUCUGCAGGCACCUCACCAGCCACCGCACGUCCGCCAUCAUCUUCAAGUGCGACGAGGACGAGGACGUCGGGCGGCCGCAGGUGCUGACCGAGACGCGCGGCUGCGAGGUGACCUUCGAGUGGAAGACCAAGGUGGUGUGCCCGCCGCGCAAGAUGGAGUGCCAGUUCGCGCUUCAGCACCACACCUACGACCUGCGCCCGCUCUCCUCACUCACCGGCUCCUGGCUCUUCAACUACGAGGGCACCGCGUACUAUGUCAACCUGUGCCGUGAGGUCUUCCGGGGCCCCCCGGGCUGCUCGGAGCGGGCCAGCGUGUGUAGGAAGACCCCCGUGGGCCGAGUGGAGGUCUUGGGGCUCAUUCACACCCAGAGGCUGGACGUCGUGGACGACAAGAUCAUGGUGACUUACUCGCGGGGGCACCCGUGCGGCGAGAACAGGACGGCGUCCACUGUCAUCGAGCUGGCCUGUGCGGGCACAGUGGGCAGGCCGGCCUUUAAGAGGUUCGACGCGGACAGCUGCACCUACCACUUCAGCUGGGACUCGCGUGCGGCCUGUGCCGUGAGGCCACGGGAGGUGACUGUGAUCAACGGGACCCUGACCCACCCCAACACGGGCAAGACCGUCAGCCUCGAGGACAUCUACUUCAAGCUCUUCAGUGCCUCUGGGGACAUCCGGCCCAACGGGGACAAGUACCUGUACGAGAUCCAGCUGUCCACCAUCCAGAACUCCUCCAGCCCCGACUGCGUGGGGGCCAACGUGUGCCAGCUGAAGGCGGGCGAGAAGCGCUUCAGCCGCAAAGUGGGGAUGCCCGCCAACACCAAGUACUACCUCCAAGAUGGCGAUCUCGACGCGGUGUUCACCUCCAACUCCAAGUGCGGCAAAGAUCGGAGCAAGGCCGUCUCCUCCACCAUCUUCUUCCACUGUGACCCCCUGGUGAAGGAGGGGACCCCCGAGUUCAGCCACGAGACCGCCGACUGCCAGUACCUCUUCUCCUGGUACACCUCUGCCGUGUGCCCCCUGGGGGGCGCCAUCGACGGCAGCGAGGCCGAGGAGCCGCGGCGCCGGGGGCUGUCGGAGCGCAGCCAGGCGGUGGGCGCCGUGCUCAGCCUGCUGCUCGUGGCGCUCACCGCCUGCCUGCUGGGGCUGCUGCUCUACAAGAAGGAGCGCCGGGAAACGGUGAUCAGCAAGCUGGCGGCCUGCUGCCGGAGAAGCACAAACGUGUCCUACAAAUACUCCAAGGUGAACAAGGAGGAGGAGGCCGACGAGAACGAGACCGAAUGGCUGAUGGAAGAGAUCCAGGUGACCACCCCCCAGCCCGCCCGCGACGGCCAGGAGAACGGCCACAUCACCACCAAGCCCGUGACGGCCGCGGCGCUCUCCUCCCUGCGCGGGGACGACCAAGACAGCGAGGACGAGGUGCUGACCAUCCCCGAGGUGAAGGUGCACACCGUGCGCGGGCCUGCCGCCGGGGCCGAGGCCAUGCCGCCCCGCCCCGGGCCGGCGGCCGACCGCCUGGGCCUGGUGCAGGGCGAGCGGGUGCGCCGCGCCCGGCCCCGCAGCGCCCACCCGGCCGCCGCCUUCCACGACGACAGCGACGAAGACCUCCUGCACAUCUAAGCCCCGCGCCUCCGCCUGCCCGGCCGCGCCGUCCGCCCCGCGCCAGGCACCUCCAACCAAAUAUGACUUUCACCGCGACGCCGCGUCCAUCAGUUUUGCCUUUAACAGAAACCGUCUCCAAAGGGAAGAGUUUUCGGGCGGGGAGGGGAGAGGGGGGAGGUCAGCGUCACUCGGGCGAGUCCCGAGGUUAGGGCACCGCCCCCGGCUGGGGGCUGCCCGCAGCGCCAAGGCCCUGUGACGGCCUCUCGGCGGCCUCAGACCUCGACAUGUCAGCGUCCCCCACCCCCACCGCCACCGCCAACCGACUUUGUCAAUUACUCAGGUCUGCAGAAAAAGGAAAUGCACAUAUGCACACGCACACACGCGCAUGCGCACGCACCCACACACCGACGCACGCACACACACCCACACAUACACCCAUACAUACACCCACACACGGCACGCAUGCGCACGCACAAACAAACAAAGACACACCCACGUACACACACCAGGCUCUGCCUACAGCAGCAUGGGAGGUAGCGUUUGUCCACGGGCAGGAGAGGGAGCUGGGGGUUUCCCAGGAUUCCGACGAGCAUAUGAAGGUCGGACCUGGCCAGUAAUGUAGCCUCUGAGUUAGAGUACUCGGUUCUGUCUCUGUUUCUCUUUUGCUUUCUUCCGCAGGGAGCGCGCGGCGUGCCCGCCCCUGGCCCGCCCGCCCGGGGCCCCGGCCCUCGGGGGGCGCAGGGCUCACCUGCUCUUCGCCUUUAGUCAGUUAACGGCUGCGCCUUUUGCAUGACCUCUUCGACCCUACGUGCCCAGAGCACAUGUAUCAGUAUUUUCCUCACCAGGCGGUGAAUUCAUACGAUCCACCCAAAGAUUGAGUCUUCUUUUUUUUUUGGUUAUUGUUCUUUUAUCGUUUAUGAAUUUUUUAAUCUGUGUGUAUCUGAGAACGGAGGGGAGCCCCCCGUCCGAGCGGCGUUUGUGCCGUCUCCCGGAGCCAGGCUCUCUCUCGCGCUUCUCACCAUACCACCUUUUACUGUGCGUAUCAACCGUGUGACCUAUAAGAAGCCUUAAUUUGCACAGCGCAUGCGUACCGGCGCUGUGGCUGCAGGCGGGCCAGGCCACCGGCGCCCUGGACCUGGUUCCCACGCCCUAUGGGGGGGGCGGGGGGGCGGGCCGGGCGCAGCCGCGCAGGGAGGUGGGACCGAGGUCCUGCCCACCCGGCGGUGGUGGCUCCUUCUCGCGUUAUAGACUUGUACAUAGACCCGAGUCGCGACCCUCCUACAGAUACCUGGGUCUGCGCUCGGUUCCGCAUACUCGAUUUUCAACAUGAGUGUAUUUUUAAAAAUUGAUUUCUUUCCUCAUUUUUUUCCAAUCAAAUUUACUGUAAUAUGAAGUAUUCAAUUUCAAUAAAAAAUAAAUAAAUUAUU